CAGGCACCCGUGUCGAAGACCCACUGCGCCGCCAGCUCCUCGUCCGCGUUCGCGUGCUGCGCACCUCCUCUUCGGAAGGAGUGCGACAUCAAGUCGCCGGUAGCACCUGGCGGGUCGGCGACGCGCUUCAAGAAGCGAUUGACCGCGAAACCAAGCGAUACCGGCUCCGCUUCCAGCAGGUCGACAAGAGGCGCUCCGGCAUCCGGUUCUUGGACCUUGGUCGACACGAGCUCGGGGAGCUGGCUCAAGAGAGAGCCGCACGGUGCGUCUUGCGUAGUCAGGGCGACAGUCAACGCGGGGAGGGGACAGGUAAAGAAGUCGGCUUUAUCGGGGACGAGCGUGAGACCUUGCUCCUCGGCGGUCUUUACGCGAAGCAGGCGCAAG